UAAAUAUUGCUGCUCAGGGGCUUCCUUCGGUCCUUAUUUCAGCUCAUCACCUUCAGCGGCCUGGCUUAUGGCUCUGCUAUUCUCCUUGAUCCUGGCUAUUUGCACCAGACCUGGACUCCUCGGGCCCCCACCCAGAGUCCGGCUGGUGAAAGGUUCCCACUCUUGUGAGGGGCGGGUGGAGGUGGAACAGCAGGGCCAUUGGGGCCUGGUGUGUGAUGAUGGCUGGGACAUGAACGACGUGGCUGUGCUGUGCCAGGAGCUGGGCUGUGGUGUGGCCAAGAGAGCCAUCAGUGGUAAUUUAUAUAAACCAUUACCAAAAGAAGACCAGAAAAUCCUUCUUCAAAAUGUCGACUGCAGUGGGACGGAAAAAACCCUGGCUCAGUGCAAGAAAGACGAAGAUGUGUUCGGCUGUUCUCUUGAUGAGGCCGCUGGUGCCGUGUGUGAGAACCUGGAAAGCCCAGUUUUUGAGGACGUGAGGCUGGCUGAUGGCCCUGGGCAAUGCCAGGGGCGAGUGGAGCUGAAGCACCAGGACGAGUGGAACGCAGUGUGCCUAACGGGCUGGAACCUCCAGGCCGCAAAGGUGGUGUGCCGCCAGCUGGGCUGCGGGCGGGCCGUGCUGACCAAGAAACACUGUGAAGAAUCUGCCCAGGGCCAAAGACCCAUCUGGCCCAGCCAGAUGUCUUGCUCAGGACAGGAAGUCAGCCUUCAGGACUGCCCUUCCAGGCCUCAGGGGAAGAGCAACUGCACCUUUGAUGACCAAGUUUGGGUUGAGUGUGAAGAUGCCUUUGAUCUGAGACUCGCAGGAGACAAGCCGUGCUCUGGGCGACUAGAGGUGCUGCACAAGGGCGUGUGGGGUUCCGUCUGCGAUGACGGCUGGGGGGCACGGGAGGACCAAGUGGUGUGCAAGCAGCUGGGCUGUGGGAAGCCCCUCUCUCCAUCACCCAAAGACAGGAAAAGCUAUGGCCCUGGGGUUGGCCGCAUCUGGCUGGAUGAUGUUCGUUGCUCAGGGAAAGAGCAGUCCUUGGAGUACUGCCAGCAUAGGUUUUGGGGGUAUCAUGACUGCACCCACAAGGAAGAUGUAGCUGUGAUCUGCUCAGAAUAGUGUCCUGGCCUUCUUGAAACUUGGAGCUCCAAUGGCUCUAUCUGGUCCAGCCUGUUCUCCUGAGUUCUGGUCAUCCUGGUGCCCAUAGUAGGCCUCAGAUUGGUCACCACCCCUCCUGCUCUCAGAAGUCAGAACCUGGUCUUAUGCCUUGCUCAGAGGGCCAAACACCCUCAGCGCCACCUUCAGAUAUGAGCUGUUUCUUGCUGAGGAAGAUGAGCUUCCAGUUGCCCUGUGCUCACUGCUGACCUCUUGGCACUGGUCUUAGCAUUUCCUGCUGCUCCCAAGGCUGCCUAGAACAGGCCUGUCACUUUGACCAGAAGUUCAGGGACAAUCUGUGUCUGUACACAACAUACAAGGACAGAAAUAAUGGAAUAUUUGAAAGGGAAUGUGGGUAGACAAUUUUGGGGAAUUUGAGGGAGAACUUAAGAGUUUUUUGGGACUCAUCCUCAAGCUUCAGGUAAUCACAAUAAUAACACUUCCUUAUUCUGCUGUUUCUUAUAGAAGGUGGACCUUUUUUUUUUUCAGAAGCAAAGCAGUGUUCUUUAGUCUUAGAACUUUUUGUGACUCUUAAUAAAAGGUGUUUCCUCCUCUGA